UCAAGUUGUUGCUAGCGCUGUGGCGGCUCCAGCAAGACCUGGGCGCGGGGGCUGCUGGGAGCCAUGACGGUGAUUCCGCCGGUUGGCCUGGGCACCUGGAAGGCCUCUCCAGGAGAAGUGAUUAAUGCAGUGAAGGUGGCCAUUGAUGCAGGGUACCGGCACUUUGACUGUGCAUACUUAUACGAGAAUGAAAGCGAGGUAGGAGAAGGAAUCCAGUACAAGAUCAAUGAAGGUGUUGUAAGACGAGAGGAACUAUUCAUUGUCAGUAAGCUGUGGUGCACUUUCCACAAGAAGUCCUUGGUAAGAACAGCAUGCAGCCAGAGUUUGAAGGCCUUAAAGUUGGAUUACUUAGACCUCUACCUCAUUCACUGGCCCAUGGGCUUCAAGCCUGGAAAAGACAACAUGCCUUUGGAUCACACUGGUAUGGUUAUACCUAGUAAUACAGACUUCUUGGAGACAUGGGAGGCCAUGGAGGAACUGGUGAUUGAGGGGCUGGUGAAGGCCAUUGGGGUGUCAAACUUCAACCAUGAACAACUUGAGAGGCUUUUAAAUAAGCAGAAUUUGAGGAUCAAGCCAAUCACUAACCAGAUUGAGUGCCACCCAUACCUUUCCCAGAAGAGACUAAUUAGUUUUUGCCAAGCCAGAGAUGUAUCUGUGACUGCCUACCGUCCUCUUGGUGGUUCAAGUGAGGGAGUUGACCUGAUUGAUGACCCUGUGAUCAAGAGGAUUGCAAAGAAGCAUGGCAAGUCUCCUGCACAGAUUUUGAUUCGAUUUCAGAUCCAGAGGAAUGUGAUUGUGAUCCCCAAAUCUGUCACCCCACACCGCAUACAAGAGAAUAUCCAGGUACUUGAUUUUGAAUUAACAGAGCAAGAUAUGAAUGACAUCUUCAGUCUAGAAAAGAAUCUCCGAUUGGCCACAUUCCCCACAACUGAAAAUCACAAAGAUUAUCCUUUUCACAUUGAAUAUUGAAGAAAGCUUCCCUCUUCCUCAUUUCUGUUCAGCCAAGACUGUUGCUGGUGUCAGCCCACCUCUGCAAACGCUCUGCAGUCCCUGUGCCAGGGAUGAGAGGAAUACAGGUAGAUACAGGUGGUUUUCUGGCUGACACAGAUGCCCAGUUGUCUGCAAGAUACCAAGAACUGAAAUAUUCUAAGUUAUGGAAAGAGAGAAGCAUCCUGAAGGUCAUAGUCACUGUUCAGGGGAGCCACAUAGAUAUUAAGGAUCUGUCAAGCACAUAAUGCAGUAUAAUUUAUAAAUAUCAAUACAUGUGGCUUCUACUGCAAAAAAGAAAGAUGACUCAUUACUUAAAUUUACCUCCAUAGUUUAAGAAAACAUUGAAACAUUAAAACAGUACAUAAGAGUUGUGAGAAUAGUGUAAUCUCUAUAACAUAGCUUCCACAAGGAGUAAGCCAUGGCCAAUCUUGUUUCACCUCUGCUCCCCUCUGUAAACUACAAUUAGCCACUGGAUGAUUUUAUACUCUGUGUCAGUCUAAAUAGAAGCUUUUGUCUUUUUUUUUCUUAUUAAAAUAUGAAAUUUAAUCUUUAAAUGUUGUUUUUAAAUUAGGUCUUUUAGCAAGUUAAAUUAUACCCAUUAAAAUCCUAAAUUGAUGAAGACACAUUACUCCUUCUAGUAGUGAGCCUAUUCAGACUCACUACAUGCAGAAAAGUCCAGAUCCUUGUUCUGCUCUGAGGAUGGAGGUUGUUCACACUGCAGCAUGCAGCGGGCAGAUGUGAACUGAUGAGCUUAGUGCUGCUCUUUGUCAUCUCCACCCAAAGUGAGGCCACAGUCUCGGCCAACCUAAGUUUCCUCCCAUAUCUCCAGUAAUACAACUUCUAUUUACUCACUGCUUAUUACUCCUGUCCAAAGUGAGUUAGCAGGAGGAAAAUUGAUUGUCUUCCCCCAUAAUUUGCCCACAAUGCUCCCAAUGAUUGUUGCUCAUCCCAAGAUCCCAGUUUAGUCUUUGUAUAGGCCUCUCAGAGUGCUUCUCCACUGGCACAAAGCUCAUGGAAGACAUACAGGCCAGCAGCAAACUUAGACUGAUUUGGAAGUGAUUUGCCUAUGUUAUUUUCCAUUUUUAUUUAAUGCUCAGACCAGCCAAGUUAGGUAGAUUGAUUCUGUUUUCAAAAGUCGUCCCUUCUUAGCACUGUGACCCUGAGCAGACUACCAGGAAUUCAGUUUUCACAUCCGUUCAGUAGGGUUAAUUUUAGCAUUUCAGAAGCUUGUUAAAGACAAUGUCUGACCAUAAAAAACACAAUAUAAAAGAGCUGUUAUUUUGA